AUGGUUCGAACAUCGUCAUUCCUGGCCGUGCUGGCGACCGCGUCCUUGGCCUUGGCUACGGCUCCCAGCUGCAGUUUGACACAGAAAUGUCCCUCUGAUACGCCUUGCUGCUCGCAAUACGGACAAUGUGGUGUAGGCGCUUACUGCUUGGGAGGCUGUGACCCUCGAUCCUCUUUUUCUCUCGGGUCUUGCACGCCUGAACCUGUUUGCAAGAGCCAAACGUACACAUUCGAGAACUUGGACCGAGUACAGGAGAACACGGUGUAUCUCGGUGAUGCUUCUAAAGCGGAUUGGGUGGCUAGUGGACAGCCAGUAUCGUACCAGAAUAAUGUUUUGUUGACGAUGGCACCGGACUCUGUGGGAACGUUGUUGGCUAGCACGACGUACAUGUGGUAUGGAAAUGUAAAGGCUACGUUCAAGACCAGCAGAGGGCAGGGUGUUGUCACAGCUUUCAUCUUAUUGUCAGAUGUGAAGGAUGAGAUCGAUUACGAAUUCGUUGGUGUUGAUUUGGAGGAUGCUCAGUCCAACUACUACUUCCAGGGUAUCCCAAACUACGACAACGAAUUAAACAUCUCUCUCUCGGACACAUUUAACAACUAUCACACCUACGAGAUUGAUUGGACUCCGGAUGCCAUUACCUGGUUGGUUGAUGGACAAAUUGGUCGAACCAAGAAAAGGUCUGACACUUGGAAUGCAACUUCCAACCAAUGGAUGUUCCCCCAGACACCUGCUCGUGUCCAACUUUCUCUGUGGCCUGCUGGUCUUGCUUCAAAUGGCCAAGGUACUGUUGAUUGGGCUGGUGGUCUGGUUGAUUGGAACUCUGCGGAUAUUCAAGCCAACGGAUAUUACUACGCGACCUUCGAAUCAGUAACAGUCUCCUGCUACAAUGCCACUUCAAGCCCAGGAACCAACACUGGGGUGUCAUACACAUAUAAUGGAUACACAGGCACCAACGAUACUGUCGUUGACGGUACUGAUGCCACUGUUCUGAGCUCUUUCUUGGCCACCGGUACCAACAUGACACUGGGUGCCGUUGCUUCAGGAUCGUCUUCGGGCACUCAACCAUCAACCACAGCGGAGACUGUUCCAGGUCUGACGGGUGGUGAUCCAGGUGUCGAUUCCCAUUCUUCCAGCACUACUGCUGGAGGCUCAACCGAAACUGCAACUCAAGCCAGCAGCGCCCCUUCGAGCAGCUCUUCGUCUUCAUCUGGCUUCUCUCAAGGGAACUCAGGAUCCACCAAGAGCGGAGCCGAGAAGUUGGGUGUUGGACAAGAGCAGUUGAAGGGCAGCAUCUUUGCGGGUAUCGUUGCAUUAAUGGCAAUGAUGGCUCUGUGA